CUAGGAAGAAGAACAGUGUUUUGACAAUAUCCAGCUGUCAGCACGGCUCCAUAAAGGUAGAUGCAAAAGGCAAUAAAAAAACAUAAUUAUAAAUUAAUUCAUUUAACCAAAGAAGUUAGUAGAGCAAGAUUAAAACUUAGUUUUAGUAUUGGAAAGUUUUUCCUUUUUAAUGGUUGGAUAAUUCUUCGACAUUGUUUCAUCUGAUGACCGGGAGGUAAAAAAAACUUCCCACUGUCAAUGUGUGUUUGUUUUUUCUUGCCUUCGCGCAUCCUUUCGCAUCAACACAACCACGACCCACGUAGUUUUAGGAUAAAAAAAUACAUCCUUUGCUCCAAAUAUGUCUAGUGCUUAAAUUGUGUCCGGCCAGGCUGAAAAGUGUAAUUGUUUAGUAUAAGCUAGGGUGUACCGCAAGGUAUUAGUCAUCGAUUCACAAUUGCUCGCCGCAAUCGACCCAAAAUGUCUCCCUCGGAAACGUCGGCUUGUGAGGAUUUAAAAGCAUUUGAGCGAAGGCUGACCGAAGUGAUAGCAUGCCUGCAGCCCCCGACCCUACGAUGGAGGCUGCUGCUAGGGAUAACUUCGUUGGUUACUUUCGUUGGUGCAUUUUACUGGCUAACGGAUCCUCGGACCUCGAUCGUACCGCUAGUGGAAUCGUUACUGAACCAUUCAAUUUUCACAAUAUCAACAAUCAUCCUAUUGAUACUUUUUGUGUUCGGUAUUCACAAACUUGUAAUUGCUCCACAAAUAAUAACAUCGCGUACGAGAAAUGUGCUGGCAGAGUUCAACAUGUCGUGUGACGAAACGGGCAAGCUGAUAGUUCGCCCCAGGCCAACUAAUAAUUCUCGUUACAUGGAUAUUAGUUAAACUGGAUGCUUUACGAAGCAACUUUACAGCUUGCUCCCCUGCGCAGUGUAAAUAGAGUAUAAUUCAAACACACUCAUUGCUUCCCGACCACCGCACAGAACCAUGGUAUCGAGUGACAUUUUGCGAUUAGUUUAUUUAGCGUUCCAUAACACGCUCUAUCAAUCGUGUUUUGUACAUUAUUCGCUUUACUUUUCAAAAUAAACAGAUACAAUUCGAAAA